AUGUCCGGCGUGCGCGAGGCUACCCACGCUGGCAGCUGGUAUACCAACAACGCCUCACGCCUUCGUGCCGAGCUGGAGGGAUACCUUUCCAAGGUCACGCCAAUCCCCGCUCUCUCAUUCAUCCCGCCGGUGAAGGAUGCCAAGGCCAUCAUUGCGCCCCACGCGGGCUACUCGUAUUCCGGGCCCGCGGCCGCGUGGGCCUACGCCUCAAUACCCACCGACAAGAUCAAGCGCGUGUUUCUUCUCGGGCCCAGUCACCACGUAUACCUCUCCGGUAUUGCGCUGAGCGGCUUCGCGGCGUACGCAACGCCGCUCGGUGACAUCCCCCUCGACCUCGAGACCAUCGCUGAGCUUCGCCGCACCAAGCUCUUUUCAGAGAUGAAGCCCAGCGUCGACGAGGACGAGCACAGCCUCGAGAUGCACCUCCCCUACAUUCACCAGGUGUUUGGCUCUAAUGGCGUCAAGCUCGUACCUCUUCUUGUAGGCCACCCUCCGGCGAACCAGACGGAGGCUCUUAGCGCCGCACUCGCCAAGUACUUGGACGACCCCGAAACCUUCUUCAUCAUCAGCAGCGACUUCUGCCACUGGGGCACGCGCUUUUCGUGCACACCGUACUACCCGAGGGCGCCGGACCCGCCCAACCCUGUCCCGCCCGUCGAGGGGCGCUCGACUCCAGCCCAAUCUCCACCCGAGAUGGUCAAGCGCUUUGCGAGUCCAGGCGCAACGCCCAUCUGGAAGUCGAUCCAGUACAUGGACCACGAGGGGAUGGACCUGCUCCGCAAGCCGGCACUCAAGGGCACCGUCGACGCGUGGGAAGGCUACCUGGCGCGCACAAAGAACACGAUCUGUGGGCACAAACCCAUCACAGUGCUGCUCAACCUCGUGCAGUAUCGUUACGGCGGUAAGGCUGGUGCCGAGGAUGUGCACUUCAACUUUGUCCGCUACGAGCAGAGCUCGCGCUGCAUGACCGGGCGUGACAGCAGCGUGAGCUACGUGAGCGGCGUCCUGCGCCCCAACGCGUAG